AUGGCGGCCAUGAGCCUCCUGCUUCGGGCAGCGGCCGCUUUGGCGAGUCGGCAGACCUUGCCCUCCUCAGCGGUCUGGGGUCGUCUCCCGCUACUGGGACGGGUCGCUAGUCGCUCUGGAGUCAUCGGUAUGGACCCUCGAUACGGCGGGCUGACUGCUCCAGUGCGCCAUGGCAGUCAUGGGAAAAGAAUGUUUAUCAUCAGGGCAACAGACUUUUACGACAGGCGGUUCCUGUAUUUGUUGAGAUUCUAUAUUUUAUUGACUGGAAUCCCACUGGCCGUAUUCAUAACAUUUGUUAAUGUCUUUAUUGGUGAAGCUGAACUGGCUGAGAUUCCAGAAGGCUAUGUUCCAGAACACUGGGAAUACUAUAGCCAUCCUAUAACUAGGUGGAUCGCUCGCAAUCUCCUUGAUUCUCCUGAAAAAGACUAUGAAAAGGGAAUGACUUUUGUUUUUUGGGAAGCUGAGAAAGCUGAGUUAAGGAGGACAGAAAAGGAAGUACGCCGGCUAAUGCGAGAAAGGGGGGAUGGAGCAUGGUACCAAUAUGAAACCCCCAGCACCAGUCUUAUUGACUAUUCUCCUAAAGCAACACCUGACAACUAAGUUGUUAGUCUCUUGUCUCAAGCAUGUACUGCAAAGAACAGACAAAUUAUGUAAUAUAUAUAUAUACCUGACUUGGUCACUCAAAUAAAAACUUGUUUCCAUACCUCA